ACCAUAGAGUUUGGAGGGAGUAUAACUACCGGAGGAGUCUCAACUCCAACAAGCAGAUUCCUCGAGCAGAUCCUCAAUCAGCAGCAGGAAUUUCUAAUCAUGCGUGAAUGUCUUUCAAUCCAUGUUGGUCAGGCCGGCGUGCAAAUGGGUAAUGCAUGCUGGGAGCUCUACUGUCUGGAGCACGGCAUCCAGCCGGACGGCCAGAUGCCGAGCGACAAGACCAUCGGGGGGGGAGACGACUCCUUCAACACCUUCUUCAGCGAGACUGGAGCUGGGAAACACGUUCCCAGAGCCGUGUUUGUGGACCUGGAGCCCACGGUCAUCGAUGAAGUCCGCACAGGAACCUACCGGCAGCUCUUCCACCCGGAGCAGCUGAUCACUGGAAAGGAAGAUGCAGCCAACAACUACGCCCGCGGGCACUACACCAUCGGAAAGGAGAUCAUCGACCUGGUUCUGGACAGGACUCGUAAACUGGCCGACCAGUGCACAGGGCUCCAGGGUUUCCUCAUCUUCCACUCCUUCGGAGGGGGAACCGGCUCUGGCUUCACCUCCCUGCUGAUGGAGCGUCUCUCCGUCGACUACGGGAAGAAGUCCAAGCUUGAGUUUGCCAUCUAUCCGGCUCCUCAAGUGUCCACGGCUGUGGUGGAGCCCUACAACUCCAUCCUGACCACCCACACCACCCUGGAGCACUCUGACUGCGCCUUCAUGGUGGACAACGAGGCCAUCUACGACAUCUGCCGCAGGAACCUGGACAUCGAGCGGCCGACCUACACCAACCUCAACAGGCUGAUCGGACAGAUCGUCUCCUCCAUCACCGCCUCCCUGCGCUUCGAUGGCGCCUUGAACGUGGAUCUGACGGAGUUCCAGACCAACCUGGUGCCCUACCCUCGAAUCCACUUCCCUCUGGCCACCUACGCCCCGGUUAUCUCCGCAGAGAAGGCCUACCACGAGCAGCUGUCAGUCGCAGAAAUCACCAACGCCUGCUUCGAGCCCGCCAACCAGAUGGUGAAAUGUGACCCUCGCCACGGGAAAUACAUGGCCUGCUGUCUCCUGUACCGCGGAGACGUUGUUCCCAAAGAGGUGAACUCCGCCAUCGCCACCAUCAAAACCAAGCGCACCAUCCAGUUUGUGGACUGGUGUCCCACUGGCUUCAAGGUGGGCAUCAACUACCAGCCCCCCACCGUGGUUCCUGGAGGAGACCUGGCCAAGGUGCAGAGGGCGGUGUGCAUGCUGAGCAACACCACCGCCAUCGCAGAGGCCUGGGCGCGCCUGGACCACAAGUUCGACCUGAUGUACGCCAAGAGGGCCUUCGUGCACUGGUACGUGGGAGAGGGGAUGGAGGAGGGGGAGUUCUCCGAGGCCAGAGAGGACAUGGCCGCCCUGGAGAAGGACUACGAGGAGGUGGGCACCGACAGCGUGGGAGACGAAGGAGAAGAAGGGGAGGAAUACUAAGGUGUUAAACAUCUUCAGUCAAGCCACAAUUGUACUUCAAAUGUCACAAAACUGUAACAGAAUAUAAAAUAAAGCUAAUAUGGUAAGCAUC